GGACUGAGAUCCUGUCCCUUGGGCCCUGUCGUGUUAAAAUCCCCGAAUACCAAGACUCUCGGCUGUCUCAUCCUGAACACAAAACCGCCCAGAAUAUUGGCAUUGUCCCAUCCCCAUGCUACACACCGACGAUGGUGGAUCUCUCCACUCCAUCAACCCAGCGCGUUCGUGAUAGCAUACGGAACUCUGUUUACCAUCUGUGCAGUUUCAUGCGUCAAUCGCUGUGACAUCCACUUGACAGUUCCAUCUAGUUGCUUGGCCAAACUUAGCUAUUCUCGCCUCCCCGGCGGCUAGCUACUUUGUUCUCAAGUACAUUUCGCCCGUAACCUAUCCUGUCUCGUACUUUCUUGUCUUUCUUGACCCUUUUCUGUUCUCUUUACAGCUUUCGAGAAUGAUUGCUUUCUAACCAAGCUGGUCUUCGCGAUUAUCUUUCUUUGUCACUGGCAGUGCCAAUUUCAUCCGUUCUUUUCAACUGUUCAAUUUAUUUCAGCCUACCACAGGAGCUGGAUUCCUCUUUUAAUAUAAUCAACAAGAUGUCUACAGAUAGGUUUACGUUCCCAGUGAGGGACCCUGAGAGGAUUAUGAGGAGGAGAAGGCGACAGGCUCUUCGUCGUCAAGCACCGGCACCCACUUCACCAGAGUCGGACAGCAUAUCGGAUGGAGUAUCAGAUGGAAUCGAGUCAGAGAGUAGUGACGACGAAUCUUCAACCAAUACUCCAAGCCAGGCACAGACUGAACCACCUCCACCUCCAGCUUCAUCAAUUUCUUCACCUCCUGCUAUCCCUACGCUGACAGCCAUUCUGCCACCCGCGCAAGCGACAUUGUUGACAACCUCAUCAUCUGGCCGUGCUAUUACAACACUUACAGCAAUCCUUCCACCAGCGCAGGCCACACUUUUAACGAGCAAAAGCAUUACUACAUCAACAUCAGUAUCUCAACCACCAGUGGAUCUAAAUACCUCGAUCCAGGGCAACAGAAAUCAGCCUCCAUCUCCAUCUUCCGUUCUGGUAUCUUCUUCGGCAAUAGAAACUCCCAACACAGUUAUCGCAACGUCAACCGUGAAUCCUCAACCAAAUGCUGGCUUAACAUCAACAUUGAUGGUGUCGACAACUGCAACAACCUUCAUCUCAUCAUCUGUAUCUGCAUCAGCGACAACCAAGGCUCCAACUCCAGCAAACGCUUUGGGGGAGACCAGUGAUGUACCAACAACCGGGACGCCUUCAAGGGACAAGGGACUCUCAAAAGGCGUUGAAACUGUGAUUAUAGUUAUCUCUGUUGGAGCCGUCUUUGCUGUCCUCGUAUAUGUAGGGCUAAUGCUAUAUCGAAAAGCUCGCCAACGAAAGCUUGAAAACAAAACCGGUUUCACCAAUGGUACCCGAUCAAUCUGGGGAGGCAGUGACCACAGCUCCUCGUCAGGUGGUGCCCCUCAAGCCCCUCAAAUGGCCUCAAUGCCGUCGAAUGGUCCUCUGCCUACCUAUAUCCCACCAGCAGCCAGGCAACAGGCCCCACCACCAGAAGAGAACCCAUUCGCCGACCCUGACCCAGAUCCAAGGCGCUCAGCACUUACUAACAAUGCCGUAGACCGGCAGGAACGUCUUGGGCGAGUUCGGGCUGAUCUACUCGCCCCACGAGAGUUGACAGGUGGUCUCAUGCGUUCUACAACACAACGGGAUCCCAACAUGCCAGAGGCCAACCGAGGCCAUAUUAGAAAUGCAAGUGGGAACAACAUCGAUAGCAAUGCAACAGCAAGCUCUGGAGUAUUUCCUUCGAACAGUGGGAACACUGCUUGGCCCGCAGGAAGGGUAGAUGAAAGUAGCAUGCCCCCGAACCAGAGAUUAGAUAUAGAAGCCGGAGGUCAAUGGGACGAUUCCGUGACGGUGGCAAGGUACUCUCGAGCUGACACAGAGAGAUCCAUGCCGCAUUACCGCACGCCAAGUCAGUGGGUAUCGGAUCAAGCCAAGAGGAACCAAGGUAUGACCAGGCUGCCUGGGUGAUGAUCAAAAGAUCGAAUAUGAUGGGAGGUUCCCUUUUAAGGAGUGAGAGAUUCGGACAAUCAUACGUCAAUACCCAAAAUGCUUAUGCGCUGUAUUUAUCAUGGGGCCAGUACACUCUUUUAAUUUACUUGUGGUCUUAUGUAUCUAUUCCGGACGCUUUUUGUUGCUUAAUACCAGACCAACUUGUUGAUCUUGAUAUGUAAAUGAAAUUUCAUUGGUUUCUGAUUGUGACUCUGGCAUGGGGAAGCAAUGGAAUGCAUUUAGAUUAAGAGGAGAGCUUCAACCAAUGCCUUGAAAGAGGUCUGUUUUCAAAGGGCAGGUGCGCUAUGCUAUAUUUUGUUGGGGACGUUGAAUCUGGACCCGGAGUUCAAAACUUUCAUUUACUGAGUAGGUAGAAGUCCAAAAAGGGAGGGAGAAUGCCAGUGAAACACAGUGUGAGGGAAGUGACCUUUUUAUUUUCGGAUUUCCUGGGUUUUUCUGGGUUUUCACGGUCGACUUGAAUCUGAG